GAGAGAGGUCUCCGCCUGAGGAGGAGGUGGCAGUUGGUUUGAGGGUGGGGGGAAGAUGGCAGCAGCGGCGGAGGGCUGGAGGAGGAAUAUCAGUGAGCAACUGCGGCUCCGAGACCGCCUGCAGCGCCAGGCCUUCGAGGAGCUCAUCCAGGCUUACAAUAAGCUUCUGGAAAAGUCGGACCUACAGACCGUCCUGGCCGAGAGGUUUCAGGGGGAGAAGUAUGACCUUCACAACAGACAAGACGUUAGCCCAGCCUCUGAUGGGGCAUGGAAUGAGACGACACAUGAAGUUGCCCAAAUGCGGAUCCGUCACCAGGAAGAGCUCACAGAACUCCACAAAAAGCGUGGUGAGCUUGCCCAGAAUGUGAUUGAACUCAAUAGCCAACUACAGCAAAAGGACAAAGAGAUCCAUGCAAAUGAAGCAAAGAUGAUGGAAUAUGAAAAGCAAAUACAGCAGCUGAGUAGUGAGUGCCAGGAGCUGCGGAACAAGCUCCAGGAACUGGAGCAAGCCAAUCAGACGCUGAAGGACGAAUAUGACGCCCUCCAGAUCACCUUCACCGCUCUUGAGGAGAAGCUGCGGAAAACCUCUGAUGAAAACCGGGAGCUAAUCUCACGGUGGAUGGCUGAGAAAGCGCAGGAGGCUAAUCGGUUGAAUGCAGAAAAUGAGAAGGAUACAUGGAGACGGCAGGCAAAGCUGAAAAAGGACCUUGCUGAGGCUGCUAAAGAACCGUUGAAUAUUGAUCCUGAUGAUGAUAUAGAGGUGCUAGGUGAGGAAGGGCCUGAUGCAUCUGGAGAAACGUCACCGGUGCGAACAAUGCACAGGACCCCCAGAAGGACUUCGCAGACGUCUGGUCUCUUCGAUUCUAUCAGUAAUAUCUUUGGAAAACGUUCGCCAACAUUGCACGGGACUGUGACCGAUGCCCCCGGUGUCCGUACGGGACCAUGCAAUGAGAUGAGACUUCCCACUAUGGCGCUCCAUGUAUUUGAUGCUCAUGACGGAGAAGUAAACGCAGUCCAGUUCAGUCCAGGAUCCCGAGUGGUGGUGACAGGUGGGACGGACCGGAAGGUUAAACUCUGGGAGGUCUCGUCAGGACGGUGUGAACUGAAGGGCUCACUGACUGGCAGUAAUGCUGGAAUUACCAGCCUUGAAUUUGACAGCACGGGUGCAUACCUGCUAGCUGCCUCCAAUGACUUUGCUAGCAGAAUUUGGACUGUGGAUGAUUCCCGGCUACGGCACACGUUGACGGGACACAGUGGGAAGGUGCUAUCUGCAAAAUUCCUUUUGGACAAUGCCCGGGUAGUGUCGGGCAGCCAUGAUCGAACGCUCAAGCUGUGGGACUUGAGUCGUAAGAUUUGUAUAAAGACUGUAUUUGCUGGUUCGAGCUGCAAUGACAUUGUUUGCACUGAGCAAUGUGUUAUGAGUGGGCACUUUGACAAGAAGAUUCGUUUCUGGGAUAUCAGGACAGAGAGUAUCGUGCGUGAGGUGGAACUACAGGGUCGUAUCACGGCACUUGAUCUCAAUCCAGAGCGCACAGAACUACUCACCUGCUCUAGAGAUGACUUGUUAAAGAUCAUUGACCUGCGCACAAAUGUCACCAGACAGUCCUUCAGUGCACAAGGAUUCAAGUGCGGGUCGGAUUGGACAAGAGUAAUGUUCAGCCCGGAUGGGAAGUUUGUGGCUGCUGGGUCUUCGGAUGGAACAAUUUAUGUGUGGGGUGUCGAAUCUGGGAAGGUAGAAAGAGCCCUAGGAAAGCACCACAGCUCUUCGGUAAAUGCAGUGUCGUGGUCGCCAUCUGGAGAGCAUGUGAUCAGUGUGGACAAAGGAAGCCGUGUGGUACUUUGGUCAGAGGCUUAAUUUGAUGUGACCGUAAGAUGGCCAGGCGGUGCUCUAAUACGCAAGCAACUUCCAGCCCUCGCAGGAGAUUGGCCGGUGGCACGCUCCAAACCAUAGCACGCGGUGUGGCAGAGCGAAUAUCCUCCCGUAUAUUAGCAACACUGGAAGGGCUUUCGCACAACGACGGUGAACUCUUGUAUAUUUACAAUCAUUCGUGAGAAGCACGGUCUCCACCUGCUGGAGUAUAGCGCUUUAGGAACUAUAUGGAGGAUCUGUGCUGUGUACCAGCUGCUGUGAUCGACUUUGGGAUGUAGAGCCAUCCUACUUGACGUGGGUUAACCACCUCAGGUGCCCAGUUGUUUACUUUGCCCUUGGCUUCCAUUUUCUUGCUGCCACAUCAAUGGCAGGGGUUAUUACCAUUCUGUGUGCUUUGCCCCCCCAUCCCUACACUCCCCCUGACCUGGAUAAGUAUGUUUAUCUUUAUUUCUUUGGAGGACAUGGGAAAGGAAUGUUAUUAUAUAGAGUGGUUACAGAUGAUAUGUGUUUGACUAUUUAAGUUCUUUGGGGAAGUGGGUUGAAGUGAUAUUUGGAUGUGCUGUAAUGAUGGGGGGAGGGUGAAGUUGUGUAAUUUGCUUUUCCUUUAGGGAGCUCUAAACCACGUGUGAGAAUGUUUCCCCAAAAGAGCAAUUUAAUACCUGUGACCGAAAGAACCAGCAAUUCUUUCUGGAUUUGUUUUUUGCAUGUGGGCGACAAUGGAAAGGCUGCAUUUAUUGCCUACUCUCAAUUGCCCUAAGCAUUGAAUUGCUGCAUCCUUUGGGGUGAUAAGUAUGGGUCAUGAGCCACUUAUCAGUGAUCUCAACAAAUGGGGAAUAUGCGCACAAUGGCACUGGUAACUGAGCUACACAAUCUCUGUGUUUAUCUUCAGCGACAGACUGAUAUGUUGGGUCAAGGCCUAUUUAAUCACACCCUCUUUAUCUUCAGUAACCACUGAUCAAUCUCCCUUCCCACUCUCUAUUUAAUUUUGAAUUCUUUUUUCCAUAAUUUUCCCUAGUUAACAAUGUUUGCAUUUUGUUACAUAUUGCUCAAUCUUCUUUCCCUAUUUAUGUACAGUAAGUCAAUCUCCCCACACCCUAUUUAAUUUGUACGCUUUGUACAGGGGAGCAGCUUCCAGUCUUUGCACUUUUGAAUGUGCAUUUCUGGAGCAGUCAGAGCAAUCUUGGGUUCCAAAUGUCUCUUCUGAAGACUAAGUACUGAGGAUGUUGCCAGCAUAACACUUAUUAUACAGAUGACUCUGAUUGGAAAGUAUGGACAUUGGGUGGGUUAGGGGAGUGUUUAGCUUCACUGAUCCCAUGUUCUGCCAGCACUCACUGUCUAGGCACGCACAUUUAAACUGAGCUCUAAAUGAUACAGGAAGGCAUCUAUGAAACUGUACGCUAACAGGAGGUGGUGCCUUUAGAAGAGGAGAGUAGGAAGCUGUGUUUAAGAUAAAUGUACACUAACUUCAAACAGCAUAUGUUAUAUUGGGAUUGAUCAUUUCUAAAUAUAAAGUAAAAUUGGGCAAGAAGCUCCAAAAGAUGUGUGCCCAUUGUAACUUCAUGUGGCUCAAGCUCAGAUCUAAGUUUCUAAUGAGCUACUGUAUGUAAUCCAUGCCAAUUCCAGCUCUCAUUACCAACAGGCAAUGCCAAACUGAAGAACAACCAGUAAUCUGUUACCAAGCAGUGUUUGCACUAUUCAGCAGCUGACUAAUGACAUGUUCACAGCUACUAUUUGUGCUUUGUACAGAUGCUCAGUGAUUACUGAGAUGAAAAGAAAAAGCUGCACAGAACAGCAGACCCUUGGGCGGCGGAGAGGUUGGUCACGAGAGACUCUCUGCCACAACCGACACAGGUGCUAGAGACAAGAUUGUAGUCUGCUGUGAGGUGGGCUUCUGGAAUCUGGGUUCAAAUUUGGUUCUGACCAAUGGGUUGAGUCGAAUGCGCCCUGUGUGGAAUGACACUCGCAGCUCAGCUUCUAUUGGGUCCAACUCCGCAGCAGAAUAUUACCCAUAAUUUGCACUAAAUUGACAGGUUGAGAACCUGACAUGAGACAUGGAAAAACUUUUCAGCAGCACAGUGGAAGUACUCCACCUGAGGUUAUGGGGAAAUCAUUUUGUUCAUACUAACCCAUGCUGUACCUGGCCCAGGAGUGCUUUGUGGAAAAGUGUAAAGGGAGCUUUACUCGAUAACACUUGUGGCAUAUGACCUGGGAGUGAUCAGGACAUUGCAGAGGAAUCUUCAUUGUGCAUCUAAUCCAAGUUGUGCAUGAUCCUGGAAUGCUUGAUGAAACAAUGUCAAGGGGGCAAUACUCUGUAUCUAAGCUGGGAAUGCUUGCAUCAGUGUAGUAUUAUUCUGUAUCAAGCCCAUACAGAACCCGAGCUGAGUCUGGUAAAUAUAGAGUAAAUCUCAGUUCUAGUGUGUUCAGCUUUACUUUCAAAUGUGCACUCACCGCAAUGUUGGGAGAAUGUUUGUGCUGGGCCCAAUUUUCAUCAAGAACUGAGACUUGGCAAACCCAGGUCACGUGAGUUUAAAGUAUUUUUUAAAAAGGACAAACUAUCAGUUUUUCAUCCAAUCAAUCUUACUGAAUUUAAACUCAAGUUAGUAAAGGGCAGGAGCUAAUCCACUGCAUCAUCCAGUCCCACAUUUAAUCAAAAUAAAAUCUUCAACAAUAGUCUCCAUAUAUCGAAAAGCAGAAAACUACAGAUGCUGGAAAUCAGUGAAAUAAAAACAGAAAAUGGCUGGAUAUACUCAGCAGGUUGUGGCAGCUCCUGUGGAGAGAGAAAGAGUUAACAUUUCAGGUCUGUGACCUUCCAUCAGAACUGGGAAAAGUUAGAAAUGAGCAAGGGAUGAUUGGGACAAGUACAAAAGGAAAGUCUGUGCUAGGGUGAAAGGCAGGAAAGAUUGAAAGACAGAAGAGUUUGUCUCCUAGAGCCAAAGAAAAUAAUGAUGAGGCAAGAAAAGAAAUAAGAUGUGCCUAGAGUAGGUGUGCUACUAACUGCAAGCAAAAGAUAGGGAAAAAAAAUAAAAUAUACAAAGGAAAGGAAACAAAACAGGCACCGAGAUUAUAGUCUGAAAUUGUUAAACUCAAUGUUGAGUCCUGAAGGCUGUAAAGUGCCUAAUUAAAGAUGAGAAACUGUUCCUCAGUUCACCAGAGGAGCCUUGAAGUACCAGUUCUUCGCUGCUUGCCCAUCACAAUGAGUUUUGGUAAUGCUGAAGGAGCUGUUCAUUCUGUGUGCAUCAGCCAUGUAGCUCUGUUCCAUGUGUGAUAACACUCAUAUCAAUCAACCUUUGAAUCUAGUUUCUGGCCCCAUCUUUAUUCCAUUGCAAGCAGAACAUUUACACCUUCUGUAAGAUCAAGACUUCAUACUUUUCCCUCACAACUGCACAUUAGAUGUUCAAACAUCUGGAACUUUCCAUUACUACGUGGAAGAGAGUUCAGUUUGUUGCAAAUGCCCUUUACACAUACAGCCUGUUGUCUGUGUGGACCACUCAGAGUUGGGAAAAGAGCAAACAAGUGUCUCCUGCUGUAGUUGAACUCACAGAUCCAAAACCUUCCGUGGCUACUACAGUUUUACCAAAUGCGCUAUUAAGAAAUUGCUUGCACUGUGACUGCAAGCAGAUUCAUGUUCCUGCCCUUGGGUGGAGAGCAACAAUGGCAGGGUCCGACCUUUGCUCUGUGUGUGUAGUUGAGAGGCAUGUUUCAAUUACCUCGUUUGUAUCGAUGCUUUAAGAGUACUCUCCACAAAGUCUUAUUUGCACUUUAUAUUUUUUUCUGAAGAACGUGGCAUUGUAAUUGCCUCGUUGCCUGGCUGGGAUUCAGCUCACUUGUUAUGGCUGAAUCCCAUGUAAUCACCACCAACUUGCUCUGUAAAUCUGCCAGUGCUGCUUCAUUGCAAAUGUUUUUUUUAAAAUAAAGUGAAUUCUAAAAGCUG